GGGGCGGGGCGGGGCGGCCGCGCCUCCCGGGGCGGGCAAGAUGGCGGCGGCGGAGCGGAGCCGAUCCCCGAUGGGAGGCUCCCCGGUGCCGGCCUGUAUGUUCGCCCCAGAGCCCGGCUCGCCGGGUGGGGGGCCUCGCAUCGCGGCGGCCGCCUGCCCGCUCCGCGCCGCCUUCGACGCCGAGGACGGCGAGGCGCUCAACGGCGAGCCCGAGAUCGACCUCACCAGCAAGCUGGUGAUGGUGAGUCCAACUUCAGAGCAGUAUGAUAGUUUGCUCCGGCAGAUGUCAGAGAGAAUCGAUGAAGGAUGUGGGGAGACCAUCUAUGUCAUUGGACAAGGAUCAGAUGGGACUGAAUAUGGUCUGAGUGAGGCAGACAUGGAAGCAUCCUAUGCUACGCUGAAGAGCAUGGCAGAGCAGAUUGAGGCAGAUGUGAUCCUUCUGCGGGAGCACCAGGAAGCAGGGGGCAAGGUGCGCGACUACCUUGUUCGGAAACGUAUGGGUGACAACGACUUCCUGGAGGUCAGGGUAGCAGUGGUUGGAAAUGUGGAUGCAGGAAAGAGCACACUGCUGGGCGUCUUGACACAUGGCGAACUAGACAAUGGCCGAGGCUUUGCUCGGCAAAAGCUCUUCCGACAUAAGCAUGAGAUUGAAUCAGGCCGCACCAGUAGUGUGGGCAAUGAUAUUCUGGGCUUCGACAGUGAGGGCAACGUGGUGAACAAGCCUGACAGCCAUGGUGGCAGCUUGGAAUGGACCAAGAUCUGUGAGAAAUCCACCAAGGUCAUAACUUUCAUUGACCUCGCUGGUCAUGAAAAGUACCUGAAAACCACUGUCUUUGGCAUGACUGGCCACUUACCUGACUUCUGCAUGCUUAUGGUUGGCAGUAAUGCUGGGAUUGUUGGAAUGACCAAGGAGCACUUGGGCCUGGCACUAGCACUCAACGUUCCUGUCUUUGUUGUGGUGACCAAGAUUGACAUGUGCCCUGCCAACAUCUUACAAGAAACCCUGAAGCUGUUACAGCGACUGCUGAAGUCCCCAGGGUGCAGGAAGAUUCCCGUCCUGGUUCAGAGCAAGGAUGAUGUCAUUGUAACAGCCUCCAACUUCAGCUCAGAGAGGAUGUGCCCGAUUUUCCAGAUUUCAAAUGUCACUGGGGAGAACCUGGAUUUGUUGAAGAUGUUUCUUAAUCUCUUGUCUCCACGGACCAGUUACAGAGAAGAAGAGCCAGCAGAAUUCCAGAUAGAUGAUACUUACUCUGUCCCGGGCGUAGGAACAGUUGUAUCUGGGACGACGCUGAGAGGUCUAAUCAAACUAAAUGACACCCUGCUGCUGGGGCCAGAUCCCCUUGGCAACUUCCUACCUAUUGCUGUCAAGUCCAUCCAUCGCAAGAGAAUGCCUGUCAAAGAGGUGCGCGGAGGUCAGACUGCCUCCUUUGCUUUGAAAAAGAUCAAGCGUUCUUCCAUCCGGAAAGGCAUGGUAAUGGUGUCCCCCCGCCUGAACCCACAAGCAUCCUGGGAGUUUGAAGCAGAGAUUCUGGUACUCCAUCACCCCACCACCAUCAGCCCACGGUAUCAGGCUAUGGUGCAUUGUGGCAGCAUCCGCCAGACGGCCACGAUUCUCAGCAUGGACAAGGACUGCCUGCGAACAGGGGAUAAAGCCACAGUGCACUUUCGCUUCAUCAAAACCCCAGAAUAUUUACAUAUAGACCAGCGGCUGGUCUUCCGUGAAGGCCGCACCAAAGCUGUGGGUACCAUCACUAAGUUACUCCAGACCACCAAUAACUCACCAAUGAACUCCAAGCCACAGCAGAUAAAGAUGCAGUCAACAAAGAAGGGAGCCCUAACAAAACGAGAGGAUAGUGUGCCCCCAGUUGGGACAGCAGCUGGGGGCCCACCAGCUGGGGACGAGGCCCCCUCAACAGCUGCAGCACCAUUGACACCUACCGCCCUGCAACUGCCGUCAAAAGUUGGAGGAGGAGGCCGGCGACGUGGGGGUCAGCGCCACAAAGUGAAGUCUCAGGGAGCCUGUGUGACUCCUGCCAGUGGCUGCUGAAUUUCUUACCCCUCCUCCCUCUGAGGAAUUCCUCCCCUUCUCUUCAUUUCUUAUCCAAAAGAUCCAGAGCAGCUUAAACCAAAACCCAUCCCAGCUGAUCUGCUGCAGAAGAAUCUCCUCCCUCCUCCCCAAAGGAAAUGAUGGAGAGGAGCAUAACUUAUAAGCUAAUGAAGGUGAUAAGACACACAGAACUGAACAACUGACACCUUCUUCCCCCCCCCAUCAACACAUUUUUUACAUCAUGGGCUUAGUUUUUAUUCUUAUUAGUUUUUAUUAUAUUUUGUGUGCAUGAAGAUGCGAGGAGAGUCUGGAUAGAACUGAGAAGAGCCAGUUAGCUGCCUCCUUCCUCCCUGAUACCACUCUGUCUAGAGGACUUGCUGCUCUCUCCUAUAUGCUGUCUCAGAUCCAGGGGCUAUCAAACACCUGAAAUUUCAGACUUGCAAGUGUUAAAACAUGUUGCCUAGGAUGGCUCCAUAUGGCAUUGAUUCCUUACCUCUAUGGUCCUGUGCCAAGUAUGUUCUGGACUCUCCCCAUCUUAAACUGUUUCUAAGUGGGUUAAUUUAAUGUUGUAGUGACUGAAGUUUGAAGGUAAGGAAAUUCACCAGAUGAAGGUUUAGGAGUGAAAUUGGAAAGCAGUUCUUGAUCUUAAGUUGAGGUAUCCUAUACCAAAUAUGCUCAAAUACAUUAACAGCAGUUAAGAUUUUAAUUAGAGACAGGAUUAAAUGGGCAGUCAUUUGCCUAUCCCGUUCCCCUUUCCACCCUGUGCUUUUCCUGUUGUCUGUUUGGUGCAUAUUGGAGCAAAUCCUACCUGCCUCUCAAGGCUGUGGCAGCACAAUUAACAGUAUUAAGAAUAUGGUGCAGGAACCACUCAGUCCAUCCCUUGAGCCAGAGAAAGAGCCUUCUUACCUUGACGGACAGUGAUCACAGGUGGGAAUAGACCUUUGGAACAGAGGCAGCAGGCAAAUACUACCUUCCUGUGGCUUUGUCUACUCCAAGAUUUACCACCUCUCUUCUGGAACUUGCUGGCCAAACCAUACCAUCACAAGUCCUACCUUGGAUUUGUUAUCCCUCUCUCUUGGACAAAGAGGGCAAUGAUGAACUGGUACCAAACUUGAAAAAGUACUUUCGGCUUUGGAAGUACAUGGUAAUUUUUCUUACUUUCCUUUUAUUUUUUUUAAAUAACAAGUUCUGGCUUCUUCAGGAAGGCCCUGCAAAGACACUAUAUGAAUUGACUUGGUAUCAGUAUCAUGUCUUUUAACCCCAGACUCUGUGAGUGAUCAAUUCCCUGCUUGUUCUUACCUCUUUUCUUCUAUCCCUGCCUCUUCACUUUGCUCCCUGGAGGACAAGACUUGCCCUCUGCAGGCUUGUGGUGAGCAGUGGGAGUGUAUUAACAUCUUGAGGGAAGAGAUGGUAUUACAAGCAAAUUGUUGCUCUCCACUGCAUGUGCAGUCAGCCUCAGUUUCUUUCUUUGAGGUUCUCCUUAUCCAAUGAAAUGCUUUUGAUUAGGGGGAGACUAAAGUUUCUGCCCCUCUCUAGAGGGGAAUUUAUUUCCUGUGUGGCAGUUACUAGAAGUAGGGAGUUCAUUCUCUUUUGCCUUGUAAUUUGAGAUAGGUUUUAAAGCCAGCUGAGCAAAAAUAGGCCUUAAGGCUCUGGGGCGAGAGAGCACAUGUCUUGAUGCUGGUAUAUCAACACUCCAAAAGCAUUAAGCAAUGUGGGAGAGGUGAGGGAUAUGGAUUGGAGAUGAGAGUACUCUGCCUUAGAGACUGUAGUGGCCUGAGCAUUGGUGGAAGUAGGGAGAUUAGGCAGUCCUUUCCAAGCUAUGUGCCUAAAUACCAGUGCUCUCCUGGGGAGGAACUAUAGGCGGCUACAACACUAAUAGCACCCACAUUGUGAGGGGGUGUGAAAUUUGGCUAGCAGAGCAUGGAGGCCUGGUCUGUUUAUGUUCUGGCUCUGUAGCAGCAUCAAACUGCAUUUGAUUUCACUGCCCUCUGCUGCUGCAGGGAGCAGAGAGUUCCAGGCAGUUUUCUAUUUCUCCAUUCCUUAUGCUCCAAAUGAAGGAGACUGCCGAGACUAGAAGGGGAUUUACUUCAGUUCAUGUGAAGGAGGUGGUGUGAUUUCUCUUUUGUGACCAGCAUUCAAAGAUCACUCAGGCUGAUGUGAUCUAUAAAAUAAAUUUUAAAAAAGUUUGUUCGAAGUUAAA